AAGACCAAGGAGGAACAGUCCUCAACUUGGUGCAGCCGAGUUCUGAACAAUCUCCACAGGAUGCAAAACAGAAUUAUUCAUUUUUAAUCAGUGCUGUUCAUUUUUUAUUAGAUCAUCAGAGAAGGUUUUGCAUUUCACAUUUUCUUUCUUACAUAGAGUAACUAGUGGAAAACUUCUGAGCAAAGUUCGGCUCACUGCGCGAAAAGAACUCGCAUUAGAGUUUAAUAGGAGGCUGACACACGCAGGUACAAUGGAUCUUGUGGUGUUGGUGGCAUUCAGUUCCUGGUUGGCUCCUGCCCUCGCUUCAGCAGCAGAUGAGGACAAAGACUAUGACAGUGCUUUUCAGUACGAUUAUGAAUCUCUGAGAAUCGGUGGCCUGGUUUUCGCAGUGGUCCUGUUCUUCAUGGGUAUCUUCCUCAUUGUCAGCCGGAAAUGUACCUGUUCAAGUAAAGACAAGUCACGGUCCAGGGGUCCUGAUGCGGAAUCAGGUGUUCCAAGAGCUUAGUAGACACAGAGGCAAGGAGGAGUGGAGAUCUGGUGGCAGCAAAUACCUUGAUCACAGCUGAGGACAAUCUUUCCAUGAACACAUGAAGCUUCUUUUAAUGUCACAGUGUUACUAUGCACCUUUGUGUUUUCUUUUUAAUAUUUGUGUCACAAAUAAUGGUUACUAGAUAAUGUACCAACUUUAUUAUAUGGUAGCAAUAGUGUGAUUAUCAUUUGUAUUUUUGUGACUUCCAAACUGAUGCAAAAAAA